GUUAUAAUUUUGGAUAUAGCAAUAGUUAUACCUGUCAUUGUUUAUAUAAUAAAAGAUGUGAUACUGUAACUAGUGUUUGUUGUAACGAAUAUUAUAAUGUUAUAUUUACAGGUUAUAAUUUUGGAUAUAGAAAUAGUUAUACUUGUCAUUGUUUAUAUAAUAAAAGAUGUGAUACUGUAACUAGUGUUUGUUGUAACGAAUAUUAUAAUGUUAUAUUUACAGGUUAUAAUUUUGGAUAUAGCAAUAGUUAUACCUGUCAUUGUUUAUAUAAUGAAAGAUGUGGUACUGUAACUAUUGUUUGUUAUAAUGAAUAUUAUAAUGUUAUAUAUUUAGGUUAUAAUUUUGGAUAUAACAAUUGUUAUACCUGUCAUUGUUUAUAUAAUGAAAGAUGUGGUACUAUAGCUAGUGUUUGUUGUAAUGAAUAUUAUAAUGUUAUAUUUUCAGGUUAUAAUUUCGGAUUUAACAAAAGUUAUAUCUGUCAUUGUCACAAUAAUAAAAGCUGUGAUGCUGUUACUGGUUUUUGCAAAAAGAGAUGUUUGAAAGGCUGGGUUUGUGCUACAGGAACGUAUGGUUCAGAAUGUAAUAAUUUCUGUCAUUGUUUGAACUAUGAUAAAUGUGAUGUUAUAACUGGUCAAUGUCCUAAUGGAUGUCAGACAGAAUGGUAUGGAGGUAGCUGUAAUACUAGACAAUGUUAUGAUGGUUGUAAACCAGGUUAUAGAGGAGAAGAUUGUACAUUGAAUUGUCCAAAUGGUGCCUAUGGAGAUAAAUGUAGUAAACUAUGUAACAAUAGGCAUUGUAAAGGAUCACAAGAAUGUCAUCAUAUAACAGGACAAUGUACUGAUGGUUGUAAACCAGGUUAUAGAGGAUAUGAUUGUAUAUUGAGUUGUCAAAGUGGUAAAUAUGGAGAUAGAUGUAAUCAACGAUGUAACAAGAGACAUUGUAAAGGAUCACAAGACUGUCAUCAUAUAACAGGACAAUGUACUGAUGGUUGUCAACCCGGUUAUAGAGGAUAUGAUUGUAUAUUGAGUUGUCAAAGUGGUAAAUAUGGAGAUAGAUGUAAUCAACGAUGUAACAAGAGACAUUGUAAAGGAUCACAAGACUGUCAUCAUAUAUCAGGACAAUGUUAUGAUGGUUGUCAACCAGGUUAUAUAGGAGAUGAUUGUAUAUUGAAUUGUCCAAAUGGUGCCUAUGGAGAUAAAUGUAGUAAACUAUGUAACAAUAGGCAUUGUAAAAGAUCACAAGAAUGUUAUCAUAUAACAGGACAAUCUUGUACGAAGGGAACAUAUGGUGAUCAAUGUUUAGAAAAUUGUUCAGAAAGAAAUUGUUUAGUAAAAACAUCACCAUGUAAUAAUAUUAAUGGUAGUUGUGAAGGCAGUUGUAAAGAUGGUUAUAUUUCAGUUGACUGUAAACAAGGGUUACGACGGAAAGAAGUUUAUCGCUGCACAAGGUAA